GUGGCAGUCGCAGCAGGCGCCUUCACUUCGGCACACCUUUUGGGCGCCGACUUGUGCGUCCACGCGAGGCUUUCACCGAACGACGCCGGCGACCGUAUACACUGCUGUUGCUCGUAUCUGUCGCGGAGGUCGAGACGUUGAAAUAUGUGUAGCAGUCCCCGAUUGCUGCCGUAUCGCGGAGCGCGUCGAUAAGCACUGCUUGGGCUCAGAGCUACGCCGGCGACUGCACGAGACGCACCUCACGAACGUCCGUUCCCCGGACUCGUGGUUCACUUGUAGCGCCAAAGUUUUCCCUGGUUCGCAGGAUCGCGUGCACCGUAGUCAUGGAGACGGCACCGUCACAUCGUGGUAGGGGCAAAGGCAAGAUUGCGACGCCAGAGGCCGAGGCCUACGUCAGUGAGCACUGCAAGCUGCACCCGGUGCUCGAGAAACUUAUAGCUGAAACUGUCAAGCUGCCUCACGGGCGUAUGUACACCAAGCCUGCGCAGCUGACACUCUACCAAGUCCUACUGAAGGCAACCCGUGCCAAGAAGUACCUGGAAGUGGGUGUGUUCACUGGCUGCAGCGCACUGUCUGCGGCCCUGGCGCUUCCUCCCGACGGUAUCGUACGGGGCCUCGACAUCGAUCAAGAGGCCGCCGACGUCGGGAGGCCAUUCUGGAAAGAGGCUGGAGUCGAGAAAAAGAUUGACAUUCGCAUUGGAAAAGCCGUCGACACUUUAGGUGAGACUUAAAAAUGCACGGUCGUACGCGUCUCUUUGCGAGACCGUGCUCGUGUCGAAGUGGAAAAUAUGUGACAACGGUGGAACGGCGUAA